GAGGAGGAGAGAAGAAGAGAAGUUUCCGGGAGAGUGAACGGGAGAAAUGAGAGCUAUAGAAAGUUAAGAAAAUAAAGAAGAGAAUCCGGACUCCACGUCUCCUGUGUCUACUUCCACCAACACAACAAAUUGGCGACGAGGAUGAGCGCUUCAGUACCGAGUCCACCGCCGUUUCUUCAACAUGUUGGUGAGCCGCAAAUGCCGUUCGAAAUGUGGCGGAAGAUUUUCGACAAUUACAUGCUGGUGAUAAAUGCAAGAGGAGAUGCGUGGCCGGAUGAAAGACGACGAGCUGUCCUGUUACACUGCUUGGGACCUGAAGGACAACGUCAGUUUUACACUUUGCCGGAUCAAGACAUACGUUCAGACAGCGACAACAACGCACGGAUGAAACAGUUACACAGUACGUAGCUGCAUUGAGGGCGCUCGCUACUCCGUGUCGUUUUGGACAGAUGGAAGACGAAUUGAUCAGAGAUCAGCUUAUCGCCAAUGUUCAACUGAGUGCUGUUAAAGACAAGUUGCUAUUGGAAGAGGAGCUAACUUUGGAGAAGGCUCUGGCAAUUGCAUGUCAGGUUGAAGCUGCAGUUGAAAAUGCUUCAUUACUCUCAUCAGCUAACACUUCACUGUCUGCUUCGGUUCAAGCUGUCGGCGCAACAAGUUCACGUUUUCGUGGGAAAAGAGGAGUGAGGCCAGUUAAAGGACCAUCACGAGCCAGUGUUAAACAUACAAAUGAGCGUCAGUGUUACAGAUGUGGAUCAGCUAAACAUUUGGCUAAUGAUAAAAGUUGCCCAGCCACCAAAGUAAAGUGCAACAGCUGUGGAAAAAUGGGACAUUUCGCAAAGGUCUGCAAAUCUGCUGUAAGUGAAGUGAGAGAAGUUGUGGUACCGGAGUUGGCAGUUCUCUGUGUGGAGAAUGUCAAGCAAGUUGCUGCUUCAAAGGACAAGAUCACCUCAAACAUCAUGUUCAAGACACCGGAGGGUAAUACAACCACCCUGGAGUUAAUUGUGGAUACUGGUGCAUCUGUGUCCAUCUUACCAGAAACAUUAUACCAACAGUACCUUUCACAGUGUCCACUUACAGAGCCAAAGGUAAAGCUGGUCACCUAUGCUAAACAGAAUCUUCCUGUUGUGGGUUGCCUUCGAGUAGUGGUUUCUCUACCAUGCCAGACACACAGAGUGAAUGCAACGUUCUACAUAGUCAAGUCAGGAUCACCCCUGCUCGGUCUGGACUUGAUUAAAGCUUUGAAAAUGAGCAUAAUAGAGGGGAAAGUACAUCACUCAAAAAUGAAGAAUGCAGUGGUACCUUCAGACAUGCCACAACCUACUGUAAACAACGUUGCACUGGAAGGUCUUGGUUGUGUGAAAGGUUUUAUUCACAAGGUUCAAGUGAACAAGUCAGUUCCACCAGUACGACAAAAACUGAGACGCCUGCCUUUGAGUGUACGUAAUGAAGUGACAGAGGAACUUAAGCGACUUCUACACGAGGGCAUAAUAGAGCGAGUUGAUGCUUCUGAAUGGGUGAGUCCUCUGGUCGUGGUGAGAAAACGUGGAGGUAAGAUUAGACUCUGUGUGGAUCUACGAGAACCAAAUAAAAGUGUCAUCAUGGAUUGCUACCCUCUUCCACACAUGGAGGACUUGUUUUCUGAGUUAGCUGGUGCUACACAUUUCAGCCAAAUUGAUUUGAGAUCUGCCUACCAUCAGUUGCCUUUGCAUCCAGAGAGCCGUAGUCUGACUGCAUUUAUAACACAUGAUGGACUGUUUCAGUUCACCAGAGUUCCCUUUGGACUUGCAUCUGCUCCGUCGGCAUUCCAGAAAAUGAUGCAAAUGAUCUUGAAGGAUGUGACUGGAGUGCAAAACUACCUCGAUGACAUUAUUGUCUAUGGUCAUUCCAGAGAGAACCAUGACUGCAACCUGCAAAACGUGCUCCAAAGGCUAAAGGAUGCUGGACUUACCAUCAACUUCGACAAAAGUUCCCUGUGUCAAGAAAGAAUUGUUUUCCUGGGUCAUGUCAUUUCGAAAGAAGGAUUAUGUCCGAGCACAGAUCACUAUGACAUGCAGUACCGGCCCGGAGACAAGAACAUCAUAGCAGAUUGCUUGUCACGGGUUCCACUCAGCUCCAACGGUCUUGAUGCAGAAGUUGAUCAAGAGUCACUGCUGGAAAGUCUUAAAAGACUGUCUUCAAGUAGCGGAGGCUACACAACAGCCAUGGAAAACAGUGGUUACGGAAUUGCUUCAGAGCUAUCGGGCUACUCUUCAUCCUACUACUGGGUCAUCGCCCUUCCAACUGCUCAGAGGAAGGCCCAUGAGGACGAAACUCAACAUCCUACCGCCUGUGUCUGA